AUGCCUUACGUAGCACCUAAAGCAUCUAAACAUACUACAGUGUCUCUAAAUGUAAAACAAACUAUCGCUAUUUCUAUUGAAGUUUUAGAUUCGAAGAAUAUAAACACAAAAAAUAAAUCAGUAACUCAGAUAAUGUCUACACGUGACACUCCUAUCUUGAAAAGAGAGAAUUUAACUACAUCACCACGAUUAACACAUACCGGAAACCUAUUACUUCAGAAACCGAAUGGCGAAAUCAUCAAGUCAUCAAUUAAAAAACUCGAAAUAAAAUCUGCUUCUCUAAAACAAGUACGAUUUAGCACCGAGUUAAAACAAAUUAUAUACGAUGAUGACUUUUCAGAUGAUGAUGUAUAA